UCAUUUGAACAAAGCUUGCAGUAGGGAAUUGGCGUGUUUCUUGUUGCUGACGGAUUAGUCAAAUUAAAUAUGAGUGCUAGCGAUAAACAAAGUGAAGUAUCUGUUCAGCGGAAGGAGGAUUCUUUAACUGAAAAGGAAAAGGUCCAAAAUGAUGUAAAAUCAGAUUCUUCUCCUCAAAAAAGAUCUGCUGCUGAGCUUAACAGCACAGAAGAGGCAAAACAAAAAGUACAGAAGACUGAUCAUAAGAGUGAGAAAGAAAAUGGAGAAUCUGAAGAAAAGUACGAAGAUGAAGAUGAGGAUGAUGUUGUUCCUGAUGAUUAUGAUGAAGGAGAAGAUGGAGAAGCUGAAGGUGAUGAAGAUGGUGCAGAGGAUGAGGAGGAGGAAGAUGAUGAAGCUUAACUUAUGUUUUAGUGCUUUGCUUUUUGGGGAGGGGGGUUGUUAAUGACCAAAUAAUAUUGGCAUUUAUUUGUUCUAAAGUGUGAAUUUAAAUUUUAAAGAUCAGUGUUUUUUUAAGUGAUUAUUAUCUCAUAGUUAUUUAAUGUAAAGUCUUAGACAUUGUGUCUCCCAUCAGUGUUAUAAAUCAUAGUAGUUUUUUCAAUAAGAAAUUAAUAGGUGUAUUAACUGCAAGUUAACGUUAGCUGUUGGUGUAAAAUAUGCACAAUAUUGUUUGAAGUUAACAUCUCCCAUGUCAUCUCAUCUAUCAAGUAUGCGCUGUUCAUCAUCUGUCAUUUUUCAGAUUGUAUGUCCCAAGCAAUGCAGCUGAGUGAAAUGAGCAUGGUUUUAUAUGUGAAGUUUAAUCAUAGUCUCAUAAGACUAUUCCCACUAGUGUGGUGUAAUCAGUUUGUAAACAUCAACCGAUACACUUAAAAUAGGUUUAUCUUGACAUAAAUAACUGUAUUAAAAAUAUUUGUUAUAAUGUUCAUAUAUUCCUUGUUUGAAGAAUAAGCAGUUCAUAAUCAUUUUUUAAGACUUAAUGUGGUUCUAGGUGUUUUUUUUUUUUUUUUUUUUUUUUUUUUUUUUCUCCCUUUAUUUUUAAAUUUUAUACCAUGUUUUUGUUCACUUGCACAUACCAUUUUCUUUCACUGUCAGUCAUUCUUGUUACUGUAUAUACUGCUCUAAAUUUCUUCCAUUACUAGGUGUAUCGGAAAAAUAUCAGCUGUGUUUGCUGUGUUUUGUGUAUUUGGUUUCUAAACUAUCAAUAAAAGCUCUCUCAUACA